UAUCUACUUUCCCUUCAUAUUCAUUGCUCUCCUUCGACGCAACAUCUUUUUAUCCCACAACCCCUUUAUAAAAACCCAUGGCAUUUAUCUUCAAUCACACCAAAAAUUCAUCAAGUUCUCUCUCUUGAAGUUCUCUUCUCUCUCUCUCUCUGUCUCUCUCCUCUUCAAAAUUCAAAUUACUAAUUCUUGUUAUCAGAAAUAUGCUGCUGAUCCAGGAAAACGAUGACGUGGGCUUAACCCAGCCUGAUAAGCCGAUAAAAAUCAGAGAAGUUUGGGCGGAUAACCUUGAGUCCGAAUUCGAAUUAAUCCGUGGGGUUGUGGAUAAAUACCCAUUUAUCUCAAUGGAUACUGAAUUUCCAGGCGUGAUCUUCAAGCCGGAAAAGGCUUCUUUUGGUUACCGGAAAAAGCUUCUGCCUUCCGAUCACUACAAGUUCUUGAAGAGGAACGUCGACGUUUUGGAGCUUAUUCAGUUGGGUCUUACUCUCUCUGACGAGAACGGCAACUUGCCGGAUCUGGGCUGCGAUGAGAAUUGUCAGUUCAUCUGGCAGUUCAACUUUUCCGAUUUUGACUACGAGCGUGACCCUCACGCCCCGGACUCCAUAGACCUGCUCACGCGCCACGGCAUUGACUUCGAGAAAAACCGGGAUUUUGGGAUUGACUCGGCCCGGUUCGCCGAGUUGAUGAUGGGCUCGGGCUUGGUGUGCAAUGACUCGGUGAGUUGGGUGACGUUUCACAGUGCUUACGACUUCGCGUACUUGGUGAAGGUCAUCACGCGCUGCGCGUUGCCGGAGGACUUGGAUGAGUUUUUGGAAUACAUGAGGGUCUUUUUUGGAAAUAAGGUGUAUGAUGUGAAGCAUUUGAUGCGGUUUUGUGCUAGUUUGUACGGUGGGUUGGACCGGGUAGCUAAAACUUUAGAAGUGAACCGGGCGGUUGGAAGGUGCCAUCAAGCAGGGUCCGAUAGCUUGCUGACUUGGCAUGCUUUUCAAAAAAUUAGAGAUGUAUAUUUUGUAAAGGAUGGAGGGCCGGAAAAAUAUGCCGGUGUCUUGUAUGGAUUAGAGGUGUAUUAAACAUGGAUGUGUUAAUUAGUUUUGCUGAUCAUUAUUUUAAUGACAAUUAUUUAGUGGAUUCUUUUUAGAAA